GACUACAAAUGGUGUAGCUGUGGGAAGCCAGAGUUGGAAGAACACCGGAUCUCUGUGGGGAUUAUUUACAGGGGAAAAUAAUUUACCGUCAAUUGUGUGAGACCGACUCAUUUCAGCUCGGAGGCACCUCCACAAUACAGCAUUUUCUGUUCUAUAUGGCUCAAUGAGUGACUAUGUUGCCAGUCGCUGUCUGGCGGCUUUAGCGACUGUCAAUCAGCGGCGACGUCACAAAGGCCGGCUCGAAUGGAGCGGGCGGCGGUGUUCGGGUUCCCGGAAGAGGUGACGACCUCGAGCUGCAGCAGCCGCGGUGGCGGCGGUAUGUGUGCGCUAUGGAGGGCAAGAGAGUGGAGAUUCCAACUGGGGUACUGGACGACUUGUGCAGCCGAUUCAUUUUGCACAUUCCAAGUGAAGAAAGAGACAAUGCGAUCAGAGUAUGCUUUCAGAUUGAGCUGGCCCAUUGGUUUUACUUGGACUUCUACUUGCAGAACACACCAGGAUUGCCUCAGUGUGGGAUAAGAGAUUUUGCCAAAUCAGUCUUCAAUCAUUGUUCAUUUUUACUUCGGAAAGGAGAUGACGUGGAAAAGAUUUUAGAUGAAUGGAAGGAGUACAAGAUGGGAGUCCCAACAUAUGGUGCAAUUAUAUUAGAUGAAGCACUGGAAAAUGUCCUUCUUGUUCAGGGUUAUUUGGCAAAGUCUGGUUGGGGAUUUCCAAAGGGUAAAGUGAACAAAGAGGAGGCCCCACAUGACUGUGCUGUGAGAGAGGUUCUUGAAGAAACUGGGUUUGACAUAAGAGAUCGCAUUUGUAAAGAUGACUUCAUUGAACAGAGAAUCAAUGAUCAGUUAGCUCGACUGUAUAUCAUCCCAGGUGUACCAAAGGAUACUAAGUUUAACCCGAAAACAAGAAGAGAAAUCCGGAAUAUUGAGUGGUUUUCCAUUGAGAAGUUGCCAUCCCAUAGGAAUGACAUGACACCCAAGUCAAAACUGGGUUUAGCACCAAAUAAGUUUUUCAUGGCAAUUCCAUUUAUAAGGCCACUAAGAGACUGGAUAUCCAAAAACUAUGCAGACUCUUCAGAUAGUGAUGGCCUUGUAUCCAAUAAUGCAACUCCAUCCAAAACUUCAUUGGAAAAAAUAAAUGCAAGAUCACGAACACGGCAGAAUUCACAGUUACUGGAGGGGUUCACAGGAGAAACAUGGGGAUGCUCCAAUAAACACAGGCCACAGCAGAAGCCUUUCAGUCAAAAUAAUCAGUGUGACACUUCUGAGACCAUGAAGUGCAAGCCCCAUAAUGUCAGGGGUAAUGGCAGAAAACAGUAUCAAGAUACUCCAAACCAGAAGAAGAAGCCUAAUGGAGUAAAUAGUCAGCAAGUUAAGCAAUUUCAGAUAUUGAAACCUGAUAAAAAACUUCAGCCAAGACGAUUACAAGACAAUUUUGAAACAGAUGCAGUCUGUGAACUGUGCAGUUCGAAUCAGCUCCUGGAAUAUACUGGGGCAUGCAUAUCGGGUUCUGAGCCCUCGGAUUCCUGCAGCAGACACUCCAAUUUUAAUUUCUCAUCCAGAGCCUUUCUCAGCUUCAAGUUUGAUCGUGAUGCAAUUAUGAAAUGCUUUGACCUAUGACGGCAUGUUGAGUUUUGAUGUAAAGGGAUCACAAGCUUAGAUGGAGCAAGUUGCAAGAUCAAUGAAAAACUGACCUUUUGACCCUUGAGUAUUACAAACUCCUAAGGAUUUUAAAAAGUACAGUAUGGAGUUUUUAAAAGUGGGCAGAAAUAAAUAAGAUGAGGUCAUGUUUAACACAGUUUAGCAUUUGUAUACAAGCAACCUUUUCAGUAUUUGAAAUUGGCCAUUGGUUUCAUUUUAGUAGAUUAGUGCAAUACUGGAAAGGAAAAAUUUUAAAUUUUCUUUUGUAAAUAAUCUUUUCCUUUCUAGAUUCCAUCCCCAUAAGUUAGCCGUGGAUAUGAUACUUUAAGCAGAUGAAGGUUAUUGAGCUUUUUUGAGUGGAUGUUAGGAAAGAUAGGACAGAAUGGAUUAUUGCAGUAUUAGGUUUUGUUUUAUGCAGUUUAAUCAAUUCCAUUUACAAUGAUAUUCAUGCUGUAGUCAUUCAUGUAAUUAUACUGUAGAUAUUUGCUUGUUUCUAUUGGAUAUUUAGAAUGCUCUUCGGUGUUGCUAUAGUUACAGAAUGUUAAGCUAUUUCUGGCAAUUUCAGACCUGGUCAUAUUGGGUUUUUUUUCUUCACUUCAAUUUAUAUGCUUUAAAGUUUCAAGGAAAUUCUUCAUUGUAUUCUUGGAUCAGAUCUAUGUUAAUGGUGAAAAUGGGAAGCUGUUGAGUCUGUGUGAGAAUAUUACCUUCAACCUUUCACUUACAGUCCAUUAAUAAUCAAUUGUGUAGAAUUCCUUGAACUCUAAGUUCCAAUACAUUACUGACUUAAAAAUAUUGAGUGACUUACUAGCAAAAAAUUAAAAUCCACUGAAUUCCUUGACUGCUUAAUGUUUUAUUAAAAAGAAGCAUGUGACUAGACGAAGCACUUGAUGUGUGAGCUUACAAAUCUCGACCCUGAACUCAGGAGAUCUGAAGUAAUGGUAAUUUUGUUAUUUUUAAAUUUAAUCCACUUUAAUCAUUAUUGAUCAUUGUCCCAUUGCAGAAAUUUAUCCAAAGUAGUUUUGGAAAUAGGCUUGGUGAAGUGAAGGCUAUUAUUCAAAGAGUAAUUUCAGAUCCCUUUUCAGUUUCCUUGCUUAUUUAGUGGACAUGCGACCUUAACUACAAUCCUAUUGCAGAGAAAAGAAACAUCAAAAGUCAUGACCUGUUUACUUGUAGCCAGUUACAAACCCAAAAUCUCUCAAAUUGAUUGAUUAUAAAUUUAUAUUUUGAGAAAUUUAACAAAUUCCUGAAUUGAAUUUUUCAGUUUUGUACUUCUGCUCAACUUCUCUAUGGAAAAAUACAGUGCAUGCAGUUAGUGCAGAAACAGCAUCCAACUAAAUUAUGAUGGUAAACUGUUUAAUGAAAGUAACAAUCCUUUGUUAGGCUUUAUAACCUUAUAAAAACAAUAUUGUUACAAUAUUGUUACAAUAGAAGAUACAUUUGUUUGUCAGGUUUUCAUCUUUCCCAUGCAUUGGAAGAGUUUGAAUGAAGCACGUGAUAAAAUUUUGUAUGAGGUUGUUUUGAGCUCUUGUGAAAAUAAAAAUCAAUUUGCAUUAGAAUAGAAUUUUUGGGUGGGGGGUUAUUUCAAAACUGAGUGCAAGCCCUACAUUCUGAUGGUAAAUUUUCAUCUUUGGCUGCAAUCUGGGCAUUAAUUAUGCCAAUUUUUUUUUUUUUUGGCAAGUUAUUUUGCUCAAAUUCACUUCCAUUUUGGUAAAUAUCAAAUUUCCCUCGAACCAGUGGAAUCCCAACAACAUUUUGGGAAGCAUUUUUAAGAACAAUUUCCAUACAUAUUCAAGAGUGGUAAAUAGAACAGAACAGUUUAAUUAUAAGGCUUAAAAUGGCUUUAUUCAUAAAAAUAAUUUAAUCUGUUGACCAGUUAUGAGUAAUUUGAUCUUAAAUGUAUACAGAAAUUAUUUAUAAUAGAGUACAGCAGUCAUUCAUAGUAUGUGAAGGGGAAUUUUUCCAAACCUUUUGUAAGAUAUUUAUUAGUGUCCUUUCACCCAAAAGAACAAGCUUACAUUUUUAGAGCUAAUGUCACAACUCAAUAUUCCCAGAGUUGUUGCAAAUGUGAAAAGAUUUAGUCAAACUAUCCAGAGUCCCCACUUAAUCAGUUAAGAUAAACUUAGUUUACGAAAAAACACUUGCGAGGUUUCUGUAUUUAACAACAAAAUGACAGUCUAUUAUGAAUAUAUUGUAUUUAACCAAUGGCAAUUAGGAAAUUUGAUUUGCUAACUUAUAACUGUAAGCUUAAACUCUAUCCCUUAAAUUCCCUUCUUCACAAACAGGCACAAAAACAUACAAAAUAUGGAUGUUAAGGAUGGAUAAAGACAAAAGAACACCGUUUGAUAGCAUUAGUCUGGACCACCGCCUGCAACAAGUUGCUUUCUUUCUUUUCCUUUCAGUUCCUUUUUAGUUUUUUGCUGCUGACAUAACAUUUUUUGUACAGUAUAUUCUUUUACAUUAACUGGUUAAGAAUUCAUCUUUUUACUUUCUUUAAAGAUUUUUUUCCCUCUUUCAACAGGGCAUUUGUAGAGAAAAGUGAGUGGAAGACAGCCAGUUGUUGCUCCACAUGAGGGAGACACACAAAUCAGUGUUUCUCUUUGCAGGCUAGAUAGCUCUCUGCUGCAUUAACUCCACACCAGCCAUGGUCAUUUGAUUAAGAGCAAAUCAGAAUAUUGUUGUCGAGCAAUUUUCCUUCAGUUCAGACCCAUUGGCUUUGUGGUGUGUCUCUUUUGCUCUCUAUGGUCCAAGGGAAAGCAGUGUUGUAUAUAACCUAGUGUGCUCCAGUUAACAUUAUUUUUAAAACUGCAGCCAUCUCUUUGCACAGUUUCCUUGAUUUAAAGCAGUAACUUCCUUUAGUUUUGUCUACUGUCCAAGAAUAAAAGGAAUAAAGUGAUUGUAGUUUUAUAUUUCCUUAAUGGCAUUCAGACAAGUGCAAUUAGUAGAAGUGUCCAAUGUGAUUGAUUGAAUUUGAGCAUGUGAUAAAUUUAGUGACCAACAUUUUGUUUUUAAAGUAGCACAAACGAUUGAAACUCAAUUUGAGCUUAAAAUGCAAUCUUUCAUGGAGUUUUCACUAAUAUUGAUUGAACUGUGCUGAAAAAUACUCCAGCUCCCCCUUUUUUAAAAUAAUAAUGUCAUUGGAAAAAAUGUGGAAGUGUUAAUUUUUUUUCCAGUGUGGGUGGGUGAAGCUGGUGUGCUAGUGAUUUUGUUUUAAUUUCAGAAGCUUAAGGACAAUUUAUCUAAAAUGUCCAGAAAUAGAUCAAAAGCACUGAAUUAUAAAAAUAGAAUUCUGUCUGUUAAAUAAUGUCUUAUUAAAGCAUCAACUAUUCAAAACAUAAA